CUUGCGCAAUUGGAUUUUGUAUUCAGAACAUUCACUUGGUUUGGGAUCUCUGCAUAUUUGUACAACCAAUUUUAUUAUUCAAGUGAACAUAGUUUCCCAUUCUACUGAGGAACUGGUGGGCCUUCUACUUCCUAAUGUCUUGUUCCUAUCUUGUUAUACAUCUUAGUUUGUAUAAGAAACAUUCAUCCUUACCGUUCCUUAUAUGGGUCUCUGAUAUUGUGUCCAUUAUUUUUGGUUUGUUCUUUUGUUAUGUUGGAUUGUUUGACAAGGAGAGAGAAGAUGGAUAUUCUCAUAUUUUGGAACCACUUUUGAAAACUAGUUCUAGUCGAAGCAACGGUGACAAUAGACAAGGAUCUAGUGUUGAUCGAGAAAAUGUAACUCCUUAUGCAAAUGCUAAUAUUCUUAGCAUUUUUACUUUUGCUUGGAUGGGCCCUUUGCUCACACUCGGGUAUAAAAAGACAUUGGACCUUGAAGAUGUUCCUCAGCUUGCCAAUUGUGAUAGAGCCAAUGUGGUUUUUGCUCAUUUUAGAAAUAAACUUGAAUAUGAUGACAAUGCCAAUGGUUAUAUUGGUCACGUAAGUACACUCAAGUUGGUGAAAGCAUUGAUUCUCUCAACAUGGAAAGAAAUUUUAUGGACGGCUCUAUUCUCCAUUGUACGCACAUUGGCUUCUUAUGUUGGGCCAUACCUUAUUAAGGCCUUUGUUCAAAAUCUCAAUAGCUCUCACCAAUUAAAAUAUAAAAGCUAUGCACUAGUGUUUAUUUUCUUUCUGUCAAAGCUCAUAAGGUGCCUAUCAGAGAGACAUUUGUUUUUUCAAUUGCGACAGAUGGGGAACAGGGUACGUGCUGCCUUCUUUGCAAUAAUCUAUAAAAAGUCUCUUGGGCUUUCAAGCCAAUCAAAGCGGUGCUAUACUAGUGGAGAGAACAUUAAUUUGAUGAGUGUUGAUGUUGAGAGGAUUGGCUUUUUUAGUUGGUACUUGCAUGAUAUAUGGAGGCUUCCUCUUCAAAUUGUUCUAGCAUUGUUGAUCUUGUAUAAUAACCUUGGGCUCGCUUCAAUCAUAGCUUUUAUUUCCACAUUGAUUUUGAUGUUAGCAAAUAUUCCAUUGGGAAAAUUACAGGAGAAAUUUUACGGGGAAUUGAUGGAUUCAAAAGAUCAAAGGAUGAAGGUGACAUCUGAGGCUCUGAGGAAUAUAAGGACUCUCAAGCUCCAAGGUUGGGAGAUGAAGUUCUUGGCUAAGAUAAUUGAACUUAGGAACUUUGAAACAAGAUGGCUAAAAAAAUUACUUUAUACAUCAGCUAUGACUGCAUUUGUCUUCUUGUUUGCUCCCAUGUUUGUAUCUAUGGUUACUUUUGGGUUUUGUGUGUAUAUGGGAAUUCCACUAGAAUCAGAGAAUAUCUUAUCUGCACUUGCGACAUUUGAGAUGUUACGAUGGCCAAUUUAUAAUCUCCCAGACACAAUAUCUAUGGUAGUUCAGACUAAAGUUUCCCUUGAUAGGAUAGCUUCAUUCCUAUGUCUUGAUGAUAUUCAUCCGAAUAUAGUACAAAAGCUUCCAAGAGAUUGUGCCAAUGUUGCAAUUGAGAUAGUCGAGGGAAACUUUUCUUGGGACCUUUAUUCCCCUAAUCUCACAUUAAAAGAUAUUAAUUUUCAAGUGUAUCGUGGUAUGAGAGUGGUUGUUUGUGGUUCUACUGGGUCAGGAAAAUCAAGCCUACUUUCAUGCAUAUUGGGGGAAGUACCAAAGGUAUCUGGAGCUAUUAAGUUGAAUGGGACGAAGGCCUAUGUUGCACAAUCACCUUGGAUACAAAAUGGCAAGAUAAUAGACAAUAUAUUGUUUGGUAAAGAGAUGGACAAGGAAAGGUAUAAUAUUAUUCUUAAAGCAUGCUCAUCAAAUAAAGACCUUGAAUUAUUUACCUUUGGAGAUCAAACUAUCAUAGGGGACAGAGGGGUCAACCUGAGUGGUGGGCAGAAGCAAAGAAUCCAGAUUGCAUGUGCUUUAUACCAUGAUGCUGAUAUUUAUUUGCUUGAUGAUCCUUUUAGUGCUGUGGAUGCUCACACGGGAACUCAUCUAUUUAAGGAAUGUUUGCUGGGAAUGCUGGGUUCAAAAACUAUAAUUUAUGUUACCCACCAAGUAGAGUUUUUACCUUCUGCUGAUCUUAUCUUGGUCAUGAGAAAUGGAAGAAUUACUCAAGUAGGAAAGUACGAAGAACUUUUUAAUUCAGGAACUGAUUUUAUGGAGUUAGUGGAUCCACAUAAGAAAGCUUUGACAAACCUUAAUUAUAUUGAACGUGGGCCUACUUUAGAUAAUUUAAUUAAUGGUGAGGAAGCUGAUAGUAAUCUGUUGUGUAGAAAUAAGUCUAUUAAAGAUGACGAGGAAACGGUACCCAAAAAUUGCAAAACAAAUAAUCCGGUUGGGCAAGAAGGACAACUUGUACAAGAAGAAAAGAGAGAAAAUGGUGGAGUUAGUCUUUCAAUCUAUUGGAAGUAUGUUACUGCUACAUAUAAAGGGGUUUUUGUACCAUUGAUAUUGCUAUCACAAAUUCUUUAUGAGGUUCUCGUAAUAGUUAGUAAUUAUUGGAUGGUGUUGGCUACUCCCAUUUCAGAGGAUAUAAGACCUUAUGGUAGAGGAUCCACUUUCAUCUUUGUCUAUGGUUAUUUGACCCUUGGAAGCUCUCUUUGUGUACUUAUAAGGUCCAUUCUUAUUGUAUCUGUUGGAUACAAGACAGCCAAUAUGUUCUUCAACAAAAUGCAUUUGUGCAUUUUUCGCUCUCCCUUGUUAUUUUUUGAUUCUACUCCAAGUGGAAGGAUUCUAAAUCGGGCAUCCAUAGAUCAAAGUGCAGUUGAUACCACUAUUCCACAUGAAAUUGAAGAACUUCUUACUUCAAUUAUCGGAUUCCUAGGAACUACUGCAGUAAUGUCACAAGUUUCAUGGCAAAUAUUAAUUGUUUUUAUUCCAAUGACUGUGGUCUGCAUCUGGUACCAGCAAUACUAUAUGUCGACAGCACGAGAACUAUCACGCUUGGCCGGAGUAUGCCAUGCUCCAAUUAUACAACAUUUUGCUGAAUCAAGUUUAGGUUCAACAACAAUCAGAUGUUUCAAUCAAGAAGAAAGGUUCAUAGACACAAACCUCAAGUUGGUAGAUGGGUAUUUUCGACCUAAAUUUCAUUUCUCUGGUGCAAUGGAAUGGUUGUGCUUCCGCAUGGAUAUGUUGGCAUCAUUAACAUAUGCCAUCUCUAUGAUUUUCUUAAUCUUAGUACUGAAAGAUUUACUUAGUCCAGGUGUUGUGGGUUUAGCUGUUACAUAUGGACUUGGUUUCAGUAUGCAUGGGGUCAUAUGGGAUUUUAGUAGUGUUGAGAAUAAAAUUAUAUCCGUUGAAAGAAUACUGCAGUACACUUGUAUACCUAGUGAACCCCCUUUAGUGGUAGAAGAAAAUAAGCCAGGUCCUGAAUGGCCAUCACAAGGGAAAAUAGAUAUUGUUGAUCUACAGGUUCGGUAUGCUCCACACCUGCCUUUUGUCUUACGAGGUCUCACAUGCACAUUUCUUCAAGGAAUGAAGAUUGGCAUUGUUGGACGAACAGGAAGUGGAAAAUCAACGCUUGUACAAGCUCUCUUCCGCAUGCUUGAACCUUCAACCGGUCAGAUUUGGAUAGAUGAUAUCAACAUCUCCAUGAUUGGCCUUCAUAACUUGCGGUCAAGGUUGAGCAUCAUCCCGCAAGAGCCAACAAUGUUUGAGGGGACUCUAAGAUACAAUCUUGAUCCGCUUGAAGAGUACACCGAUGAACAGAUAUGGGAGGCUUUAGAUAGAUGCCAACUUGGUGAUGAAGUUAGAAAGAAGGAAGGGAAACUUAAUUAUGCAGUGAAUGAGAAUGGAGAGAAUUGGAGCAUGGGCCAAAGGCAGUUAGCCUGUUUAGGAAGGGUAUUGCUCAAGAGGAGCAAAGUGUUAGUACUAGAUGAAGCUACCGCAUCAGUGGAUACUGCGACUGACUAUCUAAUUCAGAAAACAAUUAGGCAACACUUCUCAGAUUCUACUGUCAUCACAAUUGCACAUAGAAUAACUUCAAUUCUUGAUAACGAUAUGGUCCUCCUUCUUGACAAUGGCCUUGUACUGGAAUAUGAUUCCCCUGCCAAAUUGCUAGAGAUCAAAUCCUCAUCAUUUGCAAAGCUUGUUAAGGAGUAUACUCAAAGAUGUAGUUUGUAG